AGGCAAGUGUUGAAGGAGCAGAAGGGAAUGCACCUAUACCUGUGAAGAGACCUUCUAGUGUUGCUUUCUCAUCAAUUCCUACCACUACAGAAUCAGCUCCACCAACAAAUCCACACACUAAUGCUAAAAGGAGUACUGGUAAGUCUAAAGUCACAUGUAGAAGAAUAGCAAGGAAUGUAAGUAAACAAUCUGUAACAGGCUUUGGGUGUUAUGUGGAUAUCAACACUGGUGAGAAGACUUUAAAUCCUGGGAUGAGCAGUGAGGAAAUAGUUUCAGAUUUCCAGCCUCAAAUGCCACAUGACCCUGAUGUUACAGUCAGAUUUGCAAUCCCAAAUGAAAAAGAUAUCAGAGGGGCUGCCCGGGCUGAGAAGCAGUUGGAUGUGUCAUCAUAUAGAACAAUACCUUUCAAGGGUGAUGGUACAGAGGUGCAUAAUCCAGCAAACCUACCUUUUCAACCACCUGGUUUGCAAUGGAAUGGGAAUGCAGCAAUCAGCUCUAGGCAAUUGUUACAGAAGAUGCAGAUUAGGAGGCCAGGUUCCAUUCCAAAGUGAACAUGUUGAAGCAAC